AAGUUGACCCUUAUCUCCGCGCUCGAGCGCGCCCGUUCCGCUCGCAACUCCCGGUGACACGGAGAAACGUUACGCCGCCGCCACCGUCGAGCGAGCUGUGCGCUUACACACCGAGGUUGUACUACGUAUCGUAACUGUCCAGACUGUCGUGUGCUGCUGUAAAGUGCUGUGAGGCCCCGCGCUGUGUGCGUCCGCCGCACGCUCUCCUCGGCAUCGUCGUCCUCCAGUCGUGCAGUUUGCGCCGAUGCGCUGAUACGUGCCGCGGGAACAGGCGAGGUAGUAUAAUGGUCUGAUCGCGGUCUCAACAUGACUGUGGACUUCGCCGACUACUUUUGGGGCGAAAAGAACAAUGGAUUUGACGUGUUGUAUCAUAACAUGAAGCAUGGUGUGGUCGCCAGUAAGGAAUUGGCUGAGUUUUUGCGAGAGAGGUCAGCCAUAGAGGAGAACAAUUAUAAGCUGCUUAGCAAGGUAGCCAAGCAAGCGAGCAAUAGCACGCAAGGAUCGUUCGCACCUGUGUGGGCCGCUCUGAGAGGUGCUGCUGAGAAACUCGCCGGUUUGCACUUGCAAAUGGCCCAGCGGGUCACCGAACUCAUAAAAGAUGUGUCGAAAUACGCGGAUGAGCUACACAAGAAGCACAAGGCUGUGAAGGAAGAGGAGUCCUCUACCUUAGAAGUUGUACAGAAUAUACAGAGUAUUACGGUGACGCUGCACAAGGCGAAAGAUAUGUGUAUGCAGAAGGGUCUCGAGUUGGAGAAACUGAGGAAGGACAAUGCCAGUCAGAGGGAGUUGGAGAAGGCGGAGGUCAAGUUCAAGAAGGCGCAGGACGAUUACAGGGCUCUGGUGGACAAGUACACGGUCAUACGGAACGACUUCGAGACGAAGAUGACUCAGGCGUGCAGGCGAUUCCAAGACGUCGAGGAGACACACCUGAAACACAUGAAGGAAUUCUUAAACACGUACGCCGACGUAUUACAGAGCAAUCAUGAGCAAGUCGGCCAGGUACAUAUUGACUUUAAGCGGCAGUGCAUCGACUUGACGGUGGAGAAAUUAUUAGAGCGGUUCGUUCAGAGUAAAUACACGGGUUUCGAGAAGCCAGGUGUGAUCGAGUACGAGGAGGUAAUGACGAGCCUGGCGGAAAUGACCGGCCAUGCGCAGUCCGACGGAGGAGGCGUCGAGACACCGAAGGAAACGUCAAAGGGAGCCAACGGAGAGACAGGCGUAGCCGGUAACAGUCACAGUUCAAAGAAAGAUCAGGGAUUAAAGGGGGAAGGUUUGAGGGUGGACGGGGAAAGGGGGAGGGUACUGGAAAAGGAUAGAGAAAAAGAAAAACAGAAGGAAAAGGACAGGGAACUGUCACAUGCGCAAGCCACCAAGGCUUCCCGCCGUACUACCUCGCUACUCAACCUGUUCAUGUCCAACUCCCAGGACAAACAGAGGCAAGCAGGCUCUGGUUCGGCACCCGCCACUCCUCAAGGGAACCUGCCUCCUGCUGUUCCACCUCCCAGCAUCUCCAGGAACCCUCUCAGAGGAUCUAAAUGGUUUCUCCGCAGCAGAAGAGAAAAGCGGAAGGAGAAGAAGGCGAAGAAGAAGAAGGACCUCGUGGAAACGAGCAGCAACAAAGAAGAAAAGUCUGACCUGGAAGACAAGGACGACAGCAGGAAGUCGGAAACACCAACGCCUGAGGUAGACGAGGAUGGUUUUUGCAUCAGACCGAAGCCGGAUCCGUGGGAGAACGAGAAGGGCUUUUACUCGAGCUCCGACACCGACUCGGAGGACGAGAGGGAGCGCAAGAUCCGAGUGGAGAUAAAACCUCUCAGCAACGGCGGUGCGCCCAUGAGCGCCAGCGUGGACGAAUUGAGGGCGACAGUGGAAAAUCUCUCCUUAUCACCUGCACCAACAUUUCUCCAUUCGUCUGACGAUGCCGUCGUGUUCGAACAGGGACGUAGAGAAUCGAAUACCGAUUCCGAUCAUCACAUGAAAAGGUCUCAGUCAGUGUCACAGCAAUUAGGAGGUAAGCCAAGCUCAGAUUUACUUGGCCUAAACUUGUUCAAUCCUAGCAGUACACCGUCGAGCGCGUCGACACCGACCGGCAGCCAUCCUUACGCCCCGCUGCAAAGUCCACCGCCGCCUUCCACGUCACCUACCCCGCAACCACCGCCGCCGCAGUCCGCGCCGCCUACACACCCCCACACCCGAUUUCCAGAUGGCGAUCUGUUUUCGGAGGUGGGUGACAUCACGCCCGCCCUGCCCCCGAAGCAGUCCGCGUCCUCGACGCCGACCGGAUCCAUCGUGAUCCCCAGGCCGCCGUCACGAAGAGGCGAAGGUCCGUCUUCGCGGGGCAGGAUGUCACCCGCCACCAUAUCCCGGGCCGACAGCGUGGCGAGCCUAGAGUUUCGCACUGCCGGCGUGGGCGUGGGUUCCUCGAGGGGGCCGUCACCGCUUACGAUCGGCCUCGCCGAUACUAUCCCCCUAGCGGUGGCGUUCCACGAGAUCGUACAUUCCUACUUCCGAGGCACGGACGAAACCCGGUGUCAGGUGAAGCUCAGCGGCGACAUGAUGCUCUCGUUCCCCGCCGGCAUCGUCGCGGUCCUCGCGAACAAUCCCAAUCCGGCCAAGCUGACCUUCCGCGUACGGAACACCAACAGGCUGGAGCGACUGCUGCCGAACAGCCAGCUCAUCAGCAUGGACGCGACGCAGACUACGGUCGACAGUACAAUCUUCGAAUUCAACAUGAGUGCCUUAAUUACGUUACUACGGCGGCAAGCUGAACAGAAUCCCUCGGCCUCGUAUUUCAACGUGGACAUUCUCAAGUACCAAAUCAAGUGCAAGGAGGGCGCCGGCUCCUGUCCUUUCCAGUUGGUCGCAUAUUGGAAGUGCGAGACAACCCACACCGAUCUCAAGAUCGAUUAUAAAUACAACAGUCGCGCUAUGGCCUCGUCGAGUCCUCUGCUGAAUCUUCACGUGGCGGCGCCGAUCGACGGCGGUUUCAAGUCGCUCAACAGCAAGCCACCGGCGCAGUGGUUGCCCGACUCGAAUCGAGUGCUGUGGAAAUUCACGGAGCUGUCGCAGCACAGCGAGGGUAACGGAGUCGGUUCCCUGAAGGCCCGGGUCGAACUGGAACACGGUCCGGGUAAUCAGGGCACGAUAUUUACCCAAUUUAAUUGCGAGGGGACUACUCUGUCAGGCGUCGAGUUCGAGCUCGUAGGCUCCGGGUAUAGAUUGAGCCUGGUAAAGCGCAAAUUUGUAUCUGGUAAAUACAUAUGCGACGGGGAUUCAGACUCGCGUAGUAGAUACGCCGCGCCGCCAUCCAACGUCGAUUGACGACUUCCAGAAUGGGCGCCUCAGUGGGAGACUCAGCCCAUUUAAUACUGGUACUCGCUUAAUCAUUCACUGCCCAUAUCACGACUAUCAAUCGUUCAUAGUCUGUACGCGUGUGGUGAAGGCUGUUGGAUACCAAAGUGCGCGCUCGCUGAGGCUCAAAUGGAUCCUCCGUCGGCGAAAGUUGCGUUCGUGCGAGGAAGACAGACCGUAUGAGCGAAGUAACGAGGCAAGGUGACGACGCCUUUUGCAAGCGGAACGUGUCUGGUCGAUAUUCUCUCCGUUUAGCCGGAACGCCGAACGUGGUCAUCCGGAGGUCUCGCUUUGUAUCGACGCGCGAUAUCCUAUCUGUCUCGGCGAAAACGGUGACAAUAUUCCGGGGUAGGGGAUCACGUUCGGCGUUAAACACGGUGCUCUGACAAUAUGGACUGAUGUGAUUUCGCGGCUAGUACGAGAAGCCAUGUAAAAAAACAAUUGAAGCGUAGAUCCGGCUUGGCGAAGUCACGCGUUACCUGACGACGAACGAGACGUUCUACGUAUGCGUUUUAUAUACAACCCGUAUAUUUUUUAAUUUUUUAUAUCCGCGCGCUAGGGUGUUUUAAUCGAGAUUUACACGUUCGCCAUCAUCUUGUCACCGUGUUGGGUGACACGGUUUCGCGCAAAAGAUCCUUUGGUGUCCAGCAUACUUCCCCGCCCGCACGGUCUCCGCCAUUCGAUUUUGUCGACAUAAUCAAAAUAGAUCGCAACCGUGUUUCCUUUUCUUUUUUUUUCUCCGCGUCUCUCUCGUGUCUCAGUCUCGCUCUACUCUCCGGAAAAAAAGAAGAGUACAGCGCAACAUUCGAUCGUUCUAGACUUCCUCAUUAUUUUAUAAUACCGACGGUACAUAUUAGCGUACUACACUGUCAACAACUAUUUGCGGUUGCAAAAGGAAAGCCGAAAGGACGUGGUGAAUGUCAUUUUUAAGUACGUAUAUGUAUAUUAGCAUUUAUACUUUGAACAGAAGGACGUGUUGCUCUCGCGAGCCUUUCGGCGGGGAGACCCGGUGUGUAGCGGCAGUUUUUAAGUUUAUUUUCAUAACGCGCGAAGCGAGAGUAUUAAUAGUGGCUCGUACGAUGACACGAUAAAAAACUGUCUUUUACCGCGUGAACUGACGAAAGCGAGCGAAUGAGCGAGCGAGCGAGCGAAUGUGCGAGUGAGUGAGUGAGUGUGAGAGAAAAUUUAAAUCAACGAUACUUUUUUAAACGUAGCACGUUCGAUGCGAGGCGAAUCAAAUACGGUUCUGUAUUUUUGAACGUUUAAGGGCUAAAACAAUUUCGAUGUCGAUAACAGGACUAGAACUCUACUAGAUAUAAUAUAUAAUAUGUGUAUAUACAUAUAUAUAUGUGUAUAUAUGUAUGUAUAUAUAUAUACACACACAUAUAGCCCGGCGAACCGGGGAAGAGACGGAGUUGUUCAUCAUAAAUGUUUCAAAACAUGGGAGAUUCUAGUAUUAUACGUAAACGCGCGCUGAAAGUUUCCUAUCUACUUGCGAUUUGUGGAUAUUCCGUUUUCUCGCGUCCACCAAGGACGCUCUCUCUCUCUCUCUCUCUCUCUCUCGUUAUAGUUGUCACACACACACACUUGUUCACACUCGUCCACCAUGGUCGUCUUUCGAAACGCGGAACGCGAUCGACCUUUUCGAGAUCGUUUACGUUACGAAGUAUUAUUAUUAUUAUUGUUGCGAGACGUUUCACACGAAACAUUGAUUUUUCCCAGCAUGAGCGCCGUGAUUUUUCGCCGGACGGCGCGCUUAGGAACGGGAUUCUUUGUUCGCGUCGACGAUCGAUCCACGUUAAUCGAUUACCGAUCAAUUGAUUGGACGGUUGAUUUUUGAAUGUCUCUCGAAUAUUGGACGACGCGACUUGUCGGAAGAUUUGCCUUCUUACUCUUUCUCCUCGUCUCGGUCUCGCGUGCGUCUUGGAGAAUCGUAUUGCCGGAACUACGAAUACGUGCGACCGUGCAUAGUUGGGCGAAUCGGCCCAACGAGUCGUCGAUACUGCUGUGCAAUACGUAGUCGGAUUCGAAUGAUUUCCGUUGCUCCGUCAAAUUCACACACACACACGUAUACACGUAUACACACCUUCUUUCCCUGCGUUUUUAAUUUAGACUAACCGCUGCAACCGGUGGCAUUUCGUUAACCCAUUGAAGGCCAUAUUUGUAAGUGACUUGAAUUGACACUUAAAAUUAUUUUUAUAUUCGCGAGCGAGAUUAGAACGAUACCGAUAUUUUAGAAUUGUUAGGUAGAACAAUAGACGAAUUGUUCUCGCGGAGAGAGCUUUAAUUACAUUUGGGAAUACAGAGAUGUAUCUGAAGGAUGUGAAAAAGGGGGUUUGUAUUAUUUAUUCCGCUUGUACAAAUCAUUGUUCGUGUGAGACACAUGAUGAAAAUGCUCGUCCCGAAAACGGAAAGAGAGAACGGGACGCUGGCGGCCGUUAAAUGGGUUAAAACUCUCCUUUUCUCGAGAGAGCGACGUUUCGAUCCUUCCCCGACGAGACGUUGCUCGUUUUCCAGGAGGUAAUCAGGAUCACUCGUGCGGUUUUUUUUCUCUCUCGUGUCUCGCGCACGAGAGAGACCGAUUUUUUCGGAUGCGUGUGCACGCAUCGGCGCAUGUAUAUAUAUAAGAUUUACGAAAUAAUGUAACUCCUCUUAGUGGUCUAACUCGAAUCGUACGAAGAAGAAGAAGAAGAACAGUCCGGCGCACACGAUGCUUUCUUCCGUGUUUUAGGACGACGAGCGGCCGGGUGUAGAAAGAAAACGUUGCGCGUUACUCGCUGCCCUUCGGGUCUAAGAAUUCGAAUAACUUUUUCCCCCUCACUUGAAACUAAACUUAAACUAUCUUCGAACUAAUUGUUAACCGUAAGCUCGUUAUUAGGUAGCGUCUCGACACAGUUGAGUCUAGCUUCUUCGAAUUGACGGGCACUAAAGUACGCCAGGUCCUCUCAUUGUAACGAUUGUCGUUCGCAACAGACGGGACGUAUCAUUUUCUCACACUUUCCAUCGCUUUAAAGACAGACAUUACACCGGUAAGAGAUAAUUAUUAUUAUUAUCAUUAUCAUUACUAUUAUUGAUUAUCAUCAAAUUAUCAGCGAUAAUUCCUGCGAUACUAUUUGCGCCCCUCCUCCUCUCUCUCUCUCUCUCUCUCUCUCUCUCUCUCUCUCUCUCUCUCUCAGCGCGCCUGUUUGCCGAAAUGACACGAGGACCUCACUUUCAAGAUUAUUUUGUUCCAAUUGUACAUCAUGAAGAGAGGGGCGGCACAACAAGGUCUACGAAGAGCAAUACGAAAACAUCUGUAAAAUAUGACGAAAUUAGCGACCACUCCAUUCGAAAUUUUUAAUUUUGCCUUACAAAAAUGACGAAAUCUCGUUGGAUGGAUGCACCGGGGCGAUUUUUUUACUUCGGUAAACUCGCACCCUUACGUUUCAUUCGUCCGUCAACCCCCUCAGUUUUCAAGGUACGAGAGUUCACAAUCAAAAAAUUGUUCUCCACUGCGUAGACAUUAGUAGUACGUUCUUGAUGUUAUCUAUUAACGUGACAUGCGAUUCGUUACGGUUGCUUUUCUCUGGUUUCGCGUUUGACACGAGCGCGCGCGCGCGAUGAUGGAGUGGUUUCUGAAGAAUCGACUGAGCUCUCCUGUGAUACGCAGAUGUCACCAUAUAAUUUCGUAAUAAACGUUUGUAUUGAAACAUA